GUGGUCCUCCAGCUGGGGGGCUUGACUCUGCUGGCAGUGGGGAUCUGGAUGAGCGUGGAUGGGGGUAACUUCCUCCAGAUCCUUGGGGACCUCUCUGGGGAGGCCAGUCAGUUGGUGAACGUAGGCUUCUUCUGCAUCGCCAUCGGAGGAAUCCUGGUCCUCAUGGGGUUCCUGGGCUGCUGUGGAGCCCACAAGGAAAGCAGGUGUCUGCUGCUGCUGUUCUUCUCCAUCAUCCUGGUUAUUUUCAUUGCCGAGUUGGCUGGUGGAGUGGUGGCCCUGGCCUACUCAUCAUUUGCCGAAGGAAUCCUAAAGGCUUGGGCCACCCCUGCGUUGAAGAAGCAGUAUGGCACUAACCCAGUGGUCACCAAGAUGUGGAACAGCACCAUGACCCAGUGGAGGUGUUGCGGCUUCACCAACUACACCGACUUCACUGGAUCCCUGUUCACCGAGCUCAACCGCGGCACCUACCCCCCCAGCUGCUGCCUCCUGUCCGACAUCAUCCCCUGCAGCCUUCAGGACGCGGAGGACAGCGCCAUACGGGGCUGCUUCCACCACCUGCUGGACUAUCUGAAGAGGAACGCUUACAUCGUGGGCGGAGUGGCAGCCGGAAUCUGUGGCGUGGAGAUCGUUGCCAUGGUGGUGUGUAUGUACCUGUACUGUCACCUUGACGACAACAUCAGCUGAUCCUCUUGUUGCUAUGCACAGGUCCUUGAGUUAUAUGUCAAACCAAAUUCUCUACUGACAAAUACUAGUUUUUAAAAAUGUAACUCUUCUAAUCCAACAUCAAUUUAAUUCAAUUAUAUAUACUUUGUAUAGAUUUGUAGUAGAUAUUCGUUUUAAUUCAUGCUUUUAAAUGAUUGAAUGAUUGAAUUGAUUUUUUUCUACCUCAUUUAAACACCUGACAUGUAAAUACCUUAUAAAUAAAAUACAUUAAACUAGUUGUGGACUUGGACAAGUUCCCAGAGGAAAAGUACUCACCUCAUCCAACACCCUCAUCCAUAUGUUCCUGGACUGUUGUGUUGUUUGGCACAUUUCCGAAUAUUUCAAGAAAACAAGAAGCCUUUAUCAGCUCUGGCAGCUGGACACGACAAAGCGACUUGAUGCCUGGGUUCACAAACUGUUUGGUUUCAGCUUGUAUUCCGUUUGCACAUUGUGUAACAAGGUUGAGUAAAUAUUGACCUGGGAGCCUUUGUAAUGGAGAGGAAUGAGAGAGACUGUGACCUGGCAUUGUUUGUGCAACACAAGCCGUGAUUGUGGCAUCAGUCUCAGAAUUAGAGUAAUAAAACCCAAAUCCAUGUUUGAAUCC